CGCGCAGGUGCCACAGUGUGGAGUCCGCCUGAGCAGGAGACUGAAUCUAAAAGUUAGCAGAGGAUUGUUCCUUUCUUCUUCCUGCAGCUUCCAGAGAGGAUCCUCUUCAUCAUCAUCACCAUCAUCAUCAUCAUGGCGAACAAAGCGCAGCAGCCGCCUCACCUCCACCUGGCUGAGGUCACCGCCUCACAGUUUCUGGACAUCUGGAAACAUUUCGAUGUGGACGGUAACGGCUACAUCGAAGGGAAGGAGCUGGAGAACUUCUUCAGGGAGCUGGAGGAGGCCCGGAGAGGAGCCGGAGUGGACCCCACGAACCCAACGUUCAGAGAACGAAUGAAGGAGUUCAUGCAGAAGUUUGACAAGAACAAAGAUGGACGCAUCGAGAUGUCAGAGCUGGCCCAGAUUCUCCCGACUGAAGAGAACUUCUUGCUCUGCUUCAGACAGUUUGUCAGCUCCAGCGCUGAGUUUAUGGCGGCGUGGAGGCGAUACGAUACAGAUCGCAGCGGCUACAUCGAAGCAAAUGAACUGAAGGGCUUUCUGUCAGACCUGCUGGAGAAGGCCAACAGACACUACGACGAGCAGAAGCUGCAGGAGUACACACAGACCAUACUGAAAAUGUUUGAUCUGAACGGCGACGGGAAGCUGGGCCUCUCGGAGAUGGCGAGGCUUCUUCCUGUUCAGGAGAAUUUCCUUCUCAAGUUCCAGGGUGUCAAGCUGACCUCUGAGCAGUUCAAGUCCAUCUUCAACUACUACGACAAGGAUGGGAACGGCUACAUCGAUGAGCAGGAGCUGGAGGCUCUGCUACGAGACCUCUACCAGACCAACAAGAAGGAGCUGGAUGUGAAUAGUCUGAUGGGCUACAAGGAGAGCAUCAUGAGUCUGUCCGACGGCGGGAAGCUGUACCGCGGAGAGCUGGAGAUCGUCCUCUGCAGAGAGCCCAUUGUCUGACUUUCCUCCCUCACCAUCUUUGUUUUCUCUGCCUGCCUCUCUCUCUCUCUCUCUCUCUAUCUCUCUCUCCUCUGAGACCCCACCCAUCUCCACCUGAGUGGCAACACAUACCAGGUGCAUGCGCCGGUCACCUCCCAGUUAAGACGGAACGAUGAGUCAGCACACGGCAGUCCCCCCUCUUCUUUCACGCCACUAAUUUGUGAAACGUGACCUCUUCUGACCUCGUCCCUCCCCGUGCGGAGCCUGAAACACAAAACAUAAAAUAAUUUUUUUUAAAUUCUGUAACCCAAUUAUAAUCCCCGACCCUAACCCCUCGUGGUCAUGGUGAAUCAGCGACCCUGCAGACAGACGUGUUGACUUUAACUUCCUCCUUCAAACAUCUUGUUCCAGUUCAACUCUGGUCUUCCAUGGUACGAGUUUCAAUUUCAUUGUUUGUUUUUUGGCUGAAACUGUCAACAGGAAACAUUAAUAAAGUAUCUUAAGAUAAAAACAUCUCA